GCUGGAUUUAAGAGAUUCGCUACAAUAAAAAUGAAGUGCAAACAUUGUGGCAGCUCUAAUUUAGAGGAAGACCGUGCUCGUGCAGACCUAAUAUGUUUGGACUGUGGGAUGGUAAUGGGUGAAAAUGUCAUUUCUUCAGAAGUAGAAUUCAUUGAAACUAGUGCUGGUCAAUGUACUGCCGUUGGACGAUUUGUGUCAGAUGGAAGUAUGGUUAAAUUGUUUCUUUCACUUUUUGUUAGGCCAAGCUGCAAACCUAAAGGAGUCACGUCAGGUUACAGAAAAUAAAGCUCGUCGGAGAAUCGACACAAUUUGUGGUCAAUUACGUCUUGGGAAUGACAUUACGGUCUCCGCCUUCCGCUAUUAUCAAAGUGCACUUUUUCGUGGACUUACAAGAGGUCGCAAUGCUUUUACAGUUGCAGCAGGUUGUAUAUAUCUAGCAGCGCGCCAGUUGCGUGUCAAUUUGAUGUUGUUAGACCUCAGCGAUGCAGUUGGUAUUAAUGUAUACGUUCUGGGUCGUGUUUAUGCAGAUCUGAAGAAACGACUUAAUUUGGCCAUACCAGAAUUGGAUCCUUGUAUAUAUAUCGAUCGUUUCGCCAGUCAAUUAGAGUUUGGAGAUAAAGUAUCAACAGUUGCUACGACUGCAAUGCGUUUACUGCAAAGGAUGAAGAAAGACUGGAUCGCAACUGGUCGGAGACCUAGUGGAUUGGCGGCUGCCGCACUUCUUGUAGCUGCACGCAUUCAUGAAUUCAACAGGACGGAGGAGGAUGUAGCUCGAAUCGCUCGAAUCAGUCAAAGUACUGCGAGAAAGCGAUUAGAAGAAUUCGGUCGGACUCCAUCAUCUGCUCUUAGUAUUGAGGCGUUUUUCUCAGUUGAUUAUACCGAAGAACAAGAUCCACCAGCAUUUGUAGCCUCAAUGAAACAGGAAGAUGAAAAGUUAAAAAGUAUGUCAGAAGGUGCAAUGGAGCGUAUUACCAUGGAAAUAUCUGAACUAGAGCGUCGUAUAGAUAGUGAAUUACAGAAACUGUCUGGGAAAUAUACAGCCCGUACGAUUUCUACACAGCUUUCCAAAAUAGAUGUCGGAUGUUCUAAAGGCAUACAGCAUUUACUGGCUGAAACCUCAGAUUCUCUGAAAACUUCAGGUCUCCUAAGUGAUACUAAAGAAUUAUCGAGUGAAACUGAUGAGUGUGUUAAAGAUACUGCUACACCUAGUACAAAUGAUACCUCGAGUCAACUAGAAGGUAGCCAAGUUCGGGGAAUACUACGUGAUGUUUUAGAUGGUGUAGUUGAACCAGAAUUAUUGGAUAACUGUGUUGAGGAUUUGCAUAUCUUAACUCAACAUUCUGGUACUAAGAUGUGUCAACUUUUAUCAGAGGCUGAAGAAACAAGAAACAUGGCUGAUAGUGGUGGUGAUAAAAAAUUAUUAGAACAAGAUCCUGAUUCUAAGCCAGCUGAGAUUGAAGAUACUGGAUCCAGUGAACCUUCAUCGAAAGAUGCAAAGUCCCUGAAGCUACCAGUUUUUAUUCCGUCAACUGUUGUUACAAAGGUAGAAGCUAAAAUUGACACAGAUGAUACAUUGCAUACCGAAGACAUUGAUGAUGAAGAAUUAGAUCGAGAAUAUUUACUUCAGCCUAGAGAAAUUAUGCUGAAAGCAGCUAUUUGGUUCAAAGCGAAUGCAGAACACUUAGAACAGUCACGCAAACGAAAAUUAGCCCAACAACAAAAGCAGCAGGAACAGGAAGAUAUUAAAGGUCCUAAAAAGCGUAAAAGUGCCAGCCGACGUAAUAACAAUUACUCAACCUCAACAACAAGAAUGAAUCGCAAUAUGAUUUCGAAAGAAGAAGAAACUAAACCACUAUCACGUAAAAUUAAUUAUGAGGCACUUGAAGCAAUUGUUGGCCUACCUACACCAUCUUCAUCAGCCCAGUCGAGUAAUAAUGAUAAUAAUAAAAACGAUGAUGUAAUACCAACGGAUGUGGACCACAUCACUGAACCAAGACCUGGUCCAUUGCUUGCAUCCACCUUGUGUGACAAUGACAAUUCUAAAGAGUUGUACAAGUCAGCUAAACCCAUUUCAGUCAAUAAAAAUCAGAAUUCACUGACCAAUUCCAUCAGUGCAGUAUCUAUGCCCACUGAUAAAGAUAGAAUUCAAAAUGAGCACUUAAAUAAAGCUAAUGGUAGAAAAGAUGACAACGAUCCUGGUGUUAAUGAUGAUUAUGAUGAUGAGGCAGUAGAAGAUGAAGAGAAUAAUAAAAAUGAUCCGUAUGAUUCAUAUUUACCUAAUUAUAGCCAUGGAGUUGACGAUGACGAUGAAGACUGGUCAAAUGGUGCUGAAUUGUGGUGAUUCACAAUAGGUUACUGUACAAUAAAUAUUUGAUUUUGUGUAUAAAUUUUUUUAUUAGCGAAAAUAUCCAGCUGUGUAUAUAGAUGUAUAUUUUCUACUGCUUUUACUAUAUGCCUUUAUGCAUUUAACUUUAAUUAUUAAUUUCCCUUAUUUGAUAAUUUUAUUCACUGUUCAUCAUUUAAUUUUUACGCAGAAAACUAGGGAGCAGCAAAUGUUUCACACUUCUACUCCCUAAAUUCAUAUACCCUUUUAUCUUGAUUAAAUGUGUUCUUUCCUAUUUGUAUUUUAUUAUUAUUAUUAUUAUUAUUAUUAUUAUUAUUAUUAUUAGUCCCUUGGGUUCCUAGUGGAACAUAGGACUUCAGUAGCACGUCUUCAGUGACCUCUGUUCUCUGAGAUCUUUUGAACCUGGUUCCACGACAGCCCAGAAGCUCUCAUUUCCUCCUCGCACGACCUCCUCUAUGUCUCCUCCCGCUCCUCCAUGUAUAUUUAUCCUCUAUUCAUUUACACUAGAGACUAUUAGAAUUAUUUGUUUUACUAUUAUUUUUUCUACUGUUUUCACUUUUCCUUAUUAUACGCAUACUAAAUAUUACUGAAAUUGUAUAGGAUGAUUAUGUGGCAAUUAAACAUAACGGCAAACAUAUAUCUAUGUACAUACAUGUAAUUUCUGUGUAUGAUUUUCAAGUUUUUCUUUGAAUAAAUGAAUUUUAGAAAGGAUGAAAUAAAUAAUAGACUAUCAAAACGGUAACAGUUGUGUCUUAUAUUCGGUUGAUCAAGUAACUGGAUCAAUAAUUUAGAAGUCGGAAAUAUGGACCAUUGAAUUCUGGCUCAAUGGCUCCAUGGUAAUGUGCUGGACACAACCUGAAAGUCCUGACUUCGAUUCCUGGCCGGGUUGUGGGUGCGUACUGCUGAAGAGUCUCAUACUCGGACGAAACGGCUGUCCAGUACUUGCAGGUUCCCGAUUUUCCUCCAACUGAUGUCAAUUCAUCAUGAAUACCAAUUUGAAGAAUCACUAAAUCCCUAAAUUUGAAACGAAUUUCAUGAAAACUGAAAAUACGUCUUGCUGAUGCGUGUAAACAAGUACUGAACUUAGAUCCAUUGUUUGCUAUCAAGUGGCUCUCAAAGCGCAAUACCAAAAUACAGUUCACUGUGGAAUCUCAUCACUAAGUUCGGUGAUCAGUUGAUUCAGAUCAUUACUGAAUACUUAGGACUUCAUGGAUAUAUCAGUUAACAAUCGGUGAUUGACUCUUGUUUAGCUAUUUUUUGACAGAAUAUGAAAUUAAGGAAAUCUGUGAACCUGAUAGAUUGAUAUCAUAGUCUCAGAUUUUCAUCCUAUCUUUAUUCCAUCAAAGGAAACUGGCUUAUUUUUAAAGAGGACUUGUAAUAUGACGUCCAUUGUUAUUGAGAGAUGAGUGGUCUUCGUUUUCACUCUUGAGUGACUAUUUAUUAUGUAAUCAAUUACUCAAUCUUAUUUUGUCUUCUACAAUAUUUUAAGUGUAAGUUUUAGUGUUUUUUUUACAAAAGUCAUUAGAUUGGUUAGGGGAUUUUAUCCUUUGAUACUUAUUGUUUUGUGCAUUUCAGACUUGAUCUAUUUGUAGUUGUCAGUUUAACCACCUCACUAUAUUCUGCUUCAGAUCAGCUUCCAUUUCUGAACAGUAGGGUUUGUAACAAUACUAUUAGUCAGAAAAAUCACGUUCAUGUUUUCGAUUCACAAGGC